AUAUUGCAGACGGAAUCCAAAGAUGGAAAGCCAGAAUACGGCUCCCACAAACGAUGGCAAAGAGGGACGGAAACGUAUUGAAAAAAUGUCGGCCGAAGUGGUAGAUUCGAAUCCGUACAGCCGCUUGAUGGCCCUGCAGCGGAUGGGAAUUGUGUCCGACUAUGAAAACAUUCGCCAGAAAAGUGUGGCCAUCGUAGGUAUUGGUGGCGUGGGGAGUGUGGCAGCCGAUAUGCUGACCCGAUGUGGCAUCGGUAAAUUGCUGCUGUUCGACUACGACAAGGUCGAGCUGGCCAACAUGAAUCGACUGUUCUACACACCGGACCAGGCCGGCCUAUCGAAGGUGGACGCGGCAAUGAAAACGCUCAACUUUAUCAAUCCCGACGUGGCAAUCGUAACGCACAGUUACAACAUCACCACGGUGUCCAACUUUGCGCAAUUCAUGGAGGCGAUUGCCACGGGCGGUUUGGAGCCGGGCUCACCGGUCGAUCUGGUGCUAAGCUGUGUGGACAACUUCGAGGCGCGCAUGGCCAUCAAUACGGCCUGCAACGAGCUGAUGCUCUACUGGUUCGAGUCCGGCGUUUCGGAGAAUGCGGUUUCGGGUCACAUACAGUUCGUGCGACCGGGCGAAACGGCAUGCUUCGGGUGUGCACCGCCCUUGGUGGUAGCGGAGAAUAUUGACGAGAAAACACUAAAACGCGAAGGCGUUUGUGCCGCUAGUCUACCGACGACGAUGGGUAUCGUGGCGGGUGUACUUGUGCAGAACACGCUUAAGUAUCUGCUAGCGUUCGGGACGGUAUCGGACUAUCUCGGGUACAAUGCAAUGACCGAUUUCUUUCCGAAAAUGGCACUGAAACCGAACCCAACGUGUGACGAUCGGUUUUGUGUGCAGCGCCAGCGCGAGUAUCUGGCACGGCCCGAGAGCGAACGGAACGUGCAGGGCCCGCAGCCGGAACCGGAGAUGCCGGUGCACGAAGAGAAUCCUUACGGUAUCGAGCUGGUGGAUGAUACAGAGGAUGAUACGCCUCUAGAUGAUGGGACACGGACGAGCAACAUUUCGGAAGGACUGGAGUAUGCUUUUCCUGCCGCGAACACGAGCACGAUCGAAGAACGAACCCCAUCAACAUCGGCCGCCGAUAGUGCUAGCCUCGAUCAACUGAUGGCGCAAAUGAAUAGCCUGUAUCGCUCGUAAACUUCGGGGGUGAGCCUAUCGUCAGAAACGCCAACAAAUCGGAAUUCUUAUGCGUAUGCUUCGCAUUUGCUUCAAACUCGAUAUGUCCGAUAUGAUCGAUAUGGUUGCGGCCAGCGCGCACAGGCCUCUGAAAGACAGUCUGAACUAUUCCAAUUUCUGUUUCGCUUUCCAGAGGAUGUUUUGGGUGUUGAAAACGCAUCGGAGCAUACUUGAAAAGUGUUAGCAGAUAUGCUUCCGAUAUGAUGUGCUUUUAUGCUUUUUUUAUUUUUCCUCUUGUUAUCACACACAUACAAACAAAUCUAAAAAUAUAUUUAUCUUUAUA